UCGGUUUCUCAAAGAUAAAUACAUCAAGAGCACUCGCAUCUCAGAUCACAUUCUGAUUCCUAAUUGGAAACAAAUCUUCUUUAGCUUUGAAGUCCCAUCCUCCCCCACUUUCCUUUUGGUGUUCGUUUGAAAAAUUCGGAUCAAGUAUUUUCAGUCACAUUCACCAAAAAUAUAAUUUGUCUAUCACUACCACUUUGCAUAUGGCCAUGUUGGGCCUCGGAGACCUUGUUCUUAUUGCUCCAACCACUUCCACGCAACAACAAAACCAAUACAUAUCCGCUGAUCACCACUCUAAUCUUUCUAUACCUUCCUCAGCCGCCCUUGGUUUAGGCUUCGGUAUUUUCCCGCUUUUAACUACCACUCCCUGCAUCACAGCCCCAAAUUCGAAUAACCCCAAUUAUUGGAGUCUAGAGAAAGGCCAAGAACUGAGUUUCUCAAACAACUUCGUAAAUGGUUGUUCUGAGCUAAUGGUAACGAGUAUUGAGAGUGGUAUGAGGGUUUGCAGGGACUGUGGGAACAAGGCUAAGAAGGAUUGUAGUUAUAGGAUGUGUAGGACUUGCUGUAAGAGCCGUGGUUAUGAUUGUGCUACACACGUGAGGAGCACUUGGGUACCGGCAGCUCGGCGGCGAGAGCGGGGGGUGUCGAUGGUGGGCGGUGACGAGGGUGAUGGUUCUUCUGGGUCGUCUUCUGGAGUUAAAAGGCCAAGAAUUGAGGUGUUACCUCCUGCUAUUACCAUAUCUCAUGCUUCAACAUGUAAUCCUACCACUCAAAGGAGUACUGGUAUUAGCUCUAGCCACCAAGAUGCAAGUUUUAAGCAUUCCUUACCGCGCCAAGUCCACGCAAAGGCGGUAUUCAGGUGUCACAGAGUAGUCACUGCAGUUGGUAAAGGUGAAGCGGAAUGUGUCUACCAGGCUACAGUGAGUAUAAGCGGCCAUCUGUUCAAAGGGUUUCUCUAUGAUCAAGGUGUUGAAGAUAAAAACUCCUUCGCAUGUAUUUCACAAAUGCAAUUGGAAAGUAGUAUUGGAGGAAGGAAUGGGAAGUCUUCUUCAAUUGUGUCUCCAUCAAAUGCGCGUCCAGGUUCUGCCAACUGAAGAUUGCUCGGUAGUAAGGCCUCAGACACCCGAUAACCAAGUUGUUUUUGUUGUCUUGGCCCAAAAUCAGUCUUAAUAUGUUGCAAUUGUAUUAUAUUAGGACUGAUAAUCCAUUCUUUUCACAAAAUGUCGCUACUUUAUGUUAUAGAGGCACAUUUUCAGAGUUCUAUAUCAUUGUAUUGCAUGAGUAUCAUUUUAUACACACGGCAAUGGAAUAUUUCUAUUACAAAUAUAAAAUAAUAAA